AUGAAGACCUUCCUUACCCUCUCUCUUGCUGCUCUUAUCGCCACCACUACUACCACUGUAAGCGCGAAUGAGGCGGAGGAUGGACACACCCACACCAACGAUCACGAGCACGGACACAAAUGCGCCUGUGAUGCCAUCACGUACGACUUUGACAUUGACUGUGCCAACACACAGGCCAUGACCGAUGCUUUGGCCCGUCUUCAAGCCGGACAGUGUGCUUCCAACUGUAAUAAUUUUGCCUGUGAGAAGGACUGGUUGAUUGUGCAAACACACCACGAUCACUGUCCGGAAGAUGGAAUCCCUGUCGCUAUUGAAAAUGGUUUCCAUGACUACGACGGAGUCUGCAGCAGUUGUGACAUUGUUCGUCAAGAGAUUCCUGGUGCUCCUCAGUGUCCAACAGUGAACUGUACUGAUGGAAGUGGAAAUCUCGCGUUCCAACGUCUAUUGACCAAAAGCUGCAACUCCCAGUGUAGCGAAACCGACUGCAAGGACGACUGGUUGACCCUUCGGGUCGCCCACGACUUUUGCGAAAACGGAGCCCUGUCGCAAUCUUCGGAAGAGGGUCUCCAUGCCUUGGAAGAACCUUGCGCCAACUUUCAGUGCAACUUGCCACUGGACCAAAUUGCCAACACUUUGGAGUGCAGUCCUGAAGAUCUCAAACAAGCCCAUGAUGAUCACGGCGAUGAUCACGCCGACCACGACGCAAGCCCCAACAUGGCUCCGGGGGGAAGUGGUAAUGGUGACGGCUUUGACAUGGGCAGUGCUGGUGUUACCAACCUUGCCCUUGGAGCUGUUGCUCUAUUCAUGAACCUUCUUGUUGCUGCUCUUUUCUGA